AUGGAACGCCGUGGACAGCGCGAAGACAAGCCACUCGAGAGUCCAAUGCUCAACCUCUUCGGAGAUAGAGGUGACAUCGAGCAAGUGUACAAUGUUGUACUGGACAGAGUGCUACCCAACACAGGAGGAGCUCAUAAGAAACGACCAGACACCUUUUUGUAUGCUGUUUCGGCAGGCACGGGUGGCUUGGCAGCCUUGGGGUUCUGGGACAAGGAGAAUGACAAUAACAGGGAAGCUGACAUCAAGGAAAGAGAACGAACGAAUGACAACAAAGAAAGAGAACGCGAACGGGCAGCUAAAAAGGGAACGUUUAGAAAACCACCAGAGACAGCUGAAGAGUCGUCGACUUUCGGCUCCAAUGCAACUUCUAGUACAACAACUGGCUCAAGUUCUUCUAGUUUUGAGCAAGAAGAUUUGCCGGAGGACACUACAUCUUCUUCUUCAGCACUACUUCUAGAUGAAGCUUCUCUAUCUCUUGCACCACCUAUUUGUUCCACGACGAGCGCUUUUUCAAGUGCUCCAAGCGCAGGCACCUUUUCAGUGGCAGGCUUCUCCUCUUCUUCAAGGUCUUCUUCCCCACGACGCACUUAUCCAUCUUUCACCGCGUCUGUUUGGGUCGGCAGCGGUAUCAAUGGAGGUCCUGGUGGGUGCAUGAGUCGGGUUGAGGCAGGCUUAGACGCCUCCUUAACAGUAGCCUGCCAAGACACUUUCCUAAGACCUAAUGAGAAAAUACUUCGCGCUCACAACAAUGCUGCUUAUGAAGCGGCAAUGAAUCUGGGUAGUGGUUCUUCUUCAUCAUCAUCUUCAGUUGCUGGAAAUGAUGGUGUAAGUACUAGCACAGCCACCUCUUCCUCAUCCAAGAUGAACAAGAUCAAGAACCAUCCUACUUACGAGCCAGCAAGACGC